CAAAAAAAAAGAAAAAAAAAGAUGUCAUCGAGUCGCAAGCACCACCUCAAGAGCUUGAUGCUCUCUAUUGCCAAAGGUUUACUGGAGGAGGAGGUGAAGGACCAGGAGGAGGAGAGGAGGAUGUACAUGGCAGAGAACUGCCCCUCUCUGUCCCUGCCACGGACCAUGCAGGAGCUGCAGGAGCUGUGCAGAGAGAUCCACCACAAGAUUGAAGUGACCGACGAGGAAAGAUACGAUUUGGAGAUGAAGGUCACCAAGUGCAACAAAGAGAUCGAUGACCUGAGCAUCAAAGUUCAGGACCUGAAGGGCAAGUUCAAGAAGCCGGUCCUCAGGAAAGUGCGUAUGUCCGCUGACGCCAUGCUCAAAGCUCUGCUGGGCUCCAAGCACACAGUCAACAUGGACCUGAGGGCCAACCUCAAACAAGUCAAGAAGGAGGUCAAAGAGGAGGAGAAGGAACUGCGUGAUGUUGGAGACUGGCGUAAGAACAUUGAGGAUAAAUCUGGCAUGGAUGGAAGGAAGAAGAUGUUUGAGGCAGAGGCUUAAAUCAGUAUCUGAUCUCAUCAGAAGUCCUCUGUUGACAGUCUUCAAACUUUCA